CUUGCUUGAGAGAUGAUUGACAAUAAUGGCGACGCGUUCAUCCUGAGUUUAGUUAUGCGACCCAUUUGACAGAAAUAAAUAAAUACAUACAUGUGAAAAAGAAAUAAUAAUUAAUAGGAUAAAUAUACGAUUCAAGGGAUCAAUUAUUUCAUAAAAAACAGUACAUUACGCUAACAGGCUACAGCGUUACUCAAGUUGUGGAGCCCUUGUGGCAUUCUUGCGGAGGCACUCACAAGCUAGCUAGCUACACAGCUAGCAGCUGGCUAACAAAGGUCUACUGUUUCGUGACGAUGCAGCUACUUUACCAGCUCUUGGGGUGACAACAUAUUGUUGUAUUGGGACGAAGCGCCACCAAAAGUGGAUAACUACCGAAAGAUACCAGAUUUUUUUGUAUUGUUGCAGAAGAAGACAUUGUCUUGUGUGGAGUGGAAAGUGCGUGCCAUUCAACAGCUUAACGUUAGUUACUUGGGCAGCUAACAUUAGCCACUUGCUAGUCACUCAGUGUGUAAGUUAGCCUGGUUGUUUCCCAAUCACAGUGCAGCAGUGUGUUGUUGUUUGGUCUUGCUAACGUUCAUUGGCAAGUUAAAGGACACGUUUGUGCCAUUCAUAGUACGAUAUAUUUGACCAGUAAUGUAUCUUUGUUUUUGCAGUUAGCGUGUGUCUUUUAGCAAUUUUGUUUUGGAACUUUACACAACAAGCAGGCUAGCCUCAGCCUAGCGUGCUAAAAUUACUUGCCAGCUAACGAUACGCUCUGGACAACAACAGAACGAUUUUGUGUCUCAAAAUUAUCUUGACUAGACAGAAUUAGCUAGCUAGCAUAUUGUGCUAGCUGGCAAUACUUCUUUGUGCUGUUUGCGAAAACGUUUCGUAAAUGACCACGGGUAGGAAUAACCGUGUGAUGAUGGAAGGAGUUGGUGCGAGAGUGAUCCGUGGACCCGAUUGGAAAUGGGGAAAACAGGAUGGCGGAGAGGGACAUGUCGGAACCGUCAGGAGUUUUGAAAGUCCGGAAGAAGUGGUUGUUGUUUGGGAUAACGGGACUGCAGCCAACUACCGGUGCUCUGGUGCAUACGACGUGAGGAUAUUUGACAGUGCUCCCACAGGUAUCAAGCACGAUGGCACAAUGUGUGACACCUGCCGUCAGCAGCCUAUCAUUGGUAUCCGCUGGAAGUGUGCAGAGUGCACCAACUAUGACCUCUGCACUACCUGUUACCAUGGAGACAAACACCACCUUCGACACCGCUUCUACAGGAUUACCACCCCUGGUAGUGAGAGAGUCCUGUUGGAGUCUCGCCGCAAGUCAAAGAAGAUCACAGCCCGGGGCAUCUUCACUGGUGGCCGGGUGGUGAGGGGAGUGGACUGGCAGUGGGAAGAUCAGGAUGGAGGCAAUGGCAGGAGAGGAAAGGUGACAGAGAUCCAGGAUUGGAGUGCAGCCAGUCCCCACAGUGCAGCCUACGUCUUAUGGGACAACGGGGCCAAGAACCUCUACAGAGUGGGCUUCGAGGGGAUGUCGGAUUUGAAAUGUGUCCAGGAUUCCAAGGGAGGCUCUUUCUACCGAGACCACUGCCCUGUUCUGGGCGAGCAGAAUGGCAACAGGAACCCAGGCGGUCUGCAGAUAGGAGACCUGGUCAACAUCGACCUGGACCUUGAGAUAGUCCAGUCCCUGCAGCAUGGCCACGGUGGCUGGACGGACGGCAUGUUUGAGACUCUCACCACCACCGGGACCGUGUGUGGCAUCGAUGAGGACCACGACAUUGUGGUGCAGUACCCGAGUGGAAACAGGUGGACGUUCAACCCUGCCGUGCUGACCAAGGCCAAUGUGGUGCGUAGCGGGGAAGGCGUCGCGGCGGGGGCAGAGGGCGGCAGCUCCCAGUUCCUGGUGGGAGACCUGGUCCAGAUAUGCUACGACAUCGACCGCAUCAAGCUGCUGCAGAGAGGACAUGGGGAGUGGGCUGAGGCUAUGCUGCCUACCCUGGGAAAGGUGGGCCGUGUGCAGCAAAUAUACUCAGACAGCGACCUGAAGGUGGAGGUUUGUGGAACCUCAUGGACCUAUAACCCUGCUGCUGUCACUAAGGUGGCCCCUGCUGGCUCCACUGUCACCAACGCUUCUGGAGAACGUCUCUCACAGCUGCUCAAGAAGCUUUUUGAGACCCAAGAGUCUGGUGACAUCAAUGAGGAGCUGGUCAAAGCGGCAGCCAAUGGAGACCUGGCGAAAGUGGAGGACAUCCUCAAGAGGCCUGACGUGGACGUGAACGGGCAGUGUGCUGGACACACAGCAAUGCAGGCAGCCAGUCAGAACGGUCAUGUGGAUGUCCUCAAACUUCUACUGAAACACAAUGUGGACCUGGAGGCAGAGGACAAGGAUGGCGACCGAGCGGUGCACCACGCAUCCUUCGGAGAUGAGGGCUCGGUGAUAGAGGUUCUGCAACGGGGCGGGGCUGACCUUAAUGCCAGAAACAAACGGAGACAGACCCCCCUACACAUCGCCGUCAACAAGGGCCAUCUGCAGGUGGUCAAGACCUUGCUGGACUUCGGCUGCCACCCCAGCCUCCAGGACUCUGAGGGAGAUACACCCCUGCAUGAUGCUAUCAGCAAGAAGAGAGAUGACAUGCUGUCUGUGCUGCUCGAGGCGGGAGCUGACGUCACCAUCACCAACAACAACGGUUUCAAUGCCCUACACCACGCCGCCCUCCGGGGGAACCCCAGUGCCAUGCGUGUGUUGUUGUCUAAGCUGCCCCGGCCCUGGAUCGUAGAUGAGAAGAAGGACGACGGUUACACUGCCCUGCACCUUGCUGCGCUCAACAACCAUGUUGAGGUGGCCGAGCUGCUGGUGCACCAGGGCAGUGCCAGCCUGGACAUCCAGAACGUCAACCAGCAGACCGCUCUGCACCUGGCUGUAGAAAGACAACACACGCAGAUAGUCAGGCUGCUGGUUCGGGCCGAGGCCAAGCUGGAUGUGCAGGACAAGGAUGGGGACACUCCUCUCCACGAGGCGCUACGUCACCACACCCUGUCCCAGCUCCGACAGCUGCAGGACAUGCAGGAUGUCAGCAAGGUGGAGACCUGGGAGCCCUCCAAAAACACGCUGAUUAUGGGUCUGGGUACCCAGGGAGCAGAAAAGAAGAGUGCAGCAUCCAUCGCCUGCUUCCUGGCGGCUAACGGAGCUGACCUCACCAUCCGCAAUAAGAAGGGCCAGUCCCCCCUGGACCUCUGCCCUGACCCCAGCCUCUGUAAGGCCCUCGCCAAAUGCCACAAAGAGAAAACCAGUGGCCAGGUGGGUUCCCGUAGCCCCUCUCUGAACAGUAACAGUGAGACCCUGGAGGAGUGCAUGGUGUGUUCGGACAUGAAGAGAGACACUCUGUUUGGACCCUGUGGACACAUCGCAACCUGCUCUCUAUGCUCCCCACGUGUCAAGAAGUGUCUCAUCUGCAAGGACCAGGUCCAGUCUAGAACCAAGAUCGAGGAGUGUGUUGUAUGUUCUGACAAGAAGGCUGCGGUGCUGUUCGAACCCUGCGGUCACAUGUGUGCUUGUGAGAAUUGUGCCAGCCUCAUGAAGAAGUGUGUUCAGUGCCGGGCUGUUGUGGAACGCCGCACGCCCUUCGUCAUGUGUUGUGGAGGGAAAGGUAUGGAGGAUGAGGCCGCUGAUGAUGAUGAUGAUGAUGAUGAUGAGGACCUUACAGGUAGCUCUAACUCCGCUCUAAUGGCAGGGGGGUCGCAGGAUCUGCUGCAGCCCAACAAUCUGGCGCUGAGUUGGUCCAGCGGUAACAUCCCAGCCAUGCAGAGAGACAAAGACAACACCAAUGUCAACGCUGAUGUUCAGAAGCUACAGCAGCAGCUGCAGGACAUCAAGGAGCAGACAAUGUGUCCAGUGUGUCUGGACCGACUGAAGAACAUGAUCUUCAUGUGUGGCCAUGGCACCUGCCAGCUGUGUGGUGACCGCAUGAGCGAGUGCCCUAUUUGCCGCAAGGCCAUCGAGAGACGCAUACUCCUCUACUAGAGUCCCAGGCUUCAGUCCCGGCCUUCUAGACCACCACAACCAUCCCCACAUCAAGGACAUCAAGAGACGCAUCCUCCUGUACUAGAAUCCCAGGCUUUAGUCCCGGCCUUCUAGACCAACACAACCAUCCCCAAAUCAAGGACAUCAGAGCACCCUCCUCUACUAGAGUCCCAGGCUUUAAUCCCGGCCUUCUAGAUCACCACCUCCCCAUGCUUCAGUCCAACCAACCCCACCAGCUGAUGCUCUUUUAUCAAUCACAUCCACAAUGCUGCCCUGACUGUCUCUUCCGGCCCUGCACAGGGCAACUUACAUCCAGAAAGGCUAAUAAUAGACUUCAGCAUUACGAUUGUGGCUUAUUUUAGAAAUGGAAACCUUGUUACAAAUACAAUCGUUGUAUUAAAGAGAUAACCUUGGUGUCGUUGUACCUCAGCUAAAGGCCUGUAGCAGACUGACGUCUCUCAUUCCCUUGUUUCAGGAAAAGGUGCUUUCCUUGUCAGAAUGCCCUUUCGCCUCGCACUCCUACUCAUAUCUCUCUGGCCCCCUCCCCUCUCCAUUUCUCUCUGUUGUUUUCCUGUUUCUGUGUGAGAAACUCUUCCUGUUAUCAUUCUAUCUGUGGUGGCGUCCUUGGCACACAGCCCUGUCCUGUGUGGGACUCUUGGCCUUGAGGUUUGGAGAGGGGGGGAUAGCUAGAGCCACUUAGUCUCAUCUCCAGGGUCACAUAUUCAGUAUAGCACACUGUAGCAAAACAAAAGUUUGCAUCAGAAAAUGUGUUUCUUAUUGGACAAAUGAAGUGUUUUUUUUGUCCAUUUUGGUGCCUAGUGACUAGGACCCAGGUUCUGCUGUGUGUUUUCUACGGGUUGGGAGAUAGGCAGGCAGGUUGCUGAUCUCAUUAUCAGACGUUGUGUAGUGUCCUUUUCUCUGCAGGCAUUGUACUCUCCAAAAUUAUUCUGUUGACGGACAGCUUCUGUAGCUAAAGUGUGCGUCCAUUCAUCAAUGAUCCUUUUAUGUUUAUUUCUUAUGCAAGCCUAUUGGUAAUGGAAGCUACUGAUGUGGGUUUUCAGUAGGUUCCAAAUUUGCUCAACUACAUUUCUGGAUAACUACAGUAUGAUGACUUUUGUAAACAUGGUCAAAAUGCUAUUACCAUGACUUUUAAAUGGUUCAGUAACUCUCCCGAUACCCAUGCAUUUGAGGUAGGGUUAUUCUUGUGACACGCUACUCAGUCAAGUGUUGAAGACGGCACUGGACAGCUUUGCAAAUUGACAAUGCUCUCUAGGUUGAAAAACUGUUGAUAAAGCGAACGUGCUGAUCUCUGUCUGUUUUGGUACAGUGUCGGUCCAGUCACCAGGCAGCACCUUCUCAGCUGCACCUUGUUCACCAACAUUUUUGCUGAAGUGCAUCACAUUUGGGCUAUGUACUGUGCUCUAGACCCAGUAGAGAUGCAGCGUUUCAUUUACUUACUUCCUGUUAACUGAAUAGGGUCUAUAAUGUACUUUCUGGACACUGCAGAUAAAUUCACCCAUUGUUGAGCUUUUGUAUGAAACAGUAUGUCAUUAUGCAUGUCACAAGUUGCUGUGGAGCUGUUCCAAGACUGUUGGUGGUGUUGUCUGCCUGAUAUUCCACCAUCUUUUGAUUCUUCUAAGCUUUGCUCGUAACCCUGGAUUAUUCCUGUGCCAUUGCUUCCAAAAAGGAUGUACCUAAAUACAUGUUGCUUGGGGAUAUGGUGCUCUUUACCUUGUAUUACUUUUUUAUUUAAAUGUACUUUCUUUUUUAAACAAAAAUGUAUUGAGGAAGAGUACAAUCUAAUAGAAAGCCAAAACGAUAAAAUGUAGAGUGAAUUAUUUUGUAUUGGUGCCCACAUAAGGUUUAGAGGUGCACAGUGUAUCUCUGGAAACCCUCUACUAUAACGUAAAUGUAGCUUCUCACCCACAUAUUCUGCUUCUGUAUCAAUGUUGCUGUUGCCUGACUUUUUGUCAGGUUCUUUGUAUCCUAAGUUUCUAUCAGUGUUUUAAAUGGUUCCCCAGGCUAUGUUGACACUAAUACAGCAGAUCUCUGUGGAAAAAUGCAUUAAACAUAUGGUCGCGCUGACAGCUGACCAGCACACGGUUUUGGCAAUGCAAAGAAGACAUUUUUUGGGAAAUCAGAAAAAGGAAUAGCUUCACACUUUUUGACUCCCAGUUUUAAUUCUUCACUGAUUGUGUUGCUAUUUCAAAAGCUAGAAGCACUAAUCUUUCUUCAUGCUAGUAUGGUUGUCUUGUUACAGUUGUUAUAAAGGCCCAUUUUGUACCUUAUUUUCAAUACUUAUACCUGUCCCGAUUUAAAAAGGUUUUAGUUUUGGCAUGAAUGUUAGGUGUAUGUAUAUGCACUACAACAUGUAUCAUGAACGCUGAUCACUCUGUAUUGCUUACAAGUGCUUUUAAAAUAGCUGAAAUAAAGUUCUGAAUUAACCUUGGGACAUCC